AUGAUAUCUAUAAUGUACAAAGAUACGGUUAUCGAGAUCAUUAUGGUGUUAAAGGAGAAGCAAAUAUAUCAUUAUUAAUUGAUACAACAGAACCAUCAACAUUUCUUAUUGAUGGCAUGCAUACAAUAUUUUUAUGUCAUGCAAAAAGGUUUUUAUUAUUUAUACAAGACUCUUUAAAACAAGAAAAUGUUGAUGAAAUAAAUAAAAAAUUGAAGCAUAUUUCAUACAUUCAUGAUAUUCUUAGGCGUCCAAGUUCAUUAAGUAAUGUCAAUCGUUGGAAAGCAUCUGAAAUACGAGUAUUUAUUAUGUAUUUAUCUAUACCAAUACUGUAUGACUAUUUACCAAUAUAUUCGAAUUAUGCAUUGGCGCUUUAUGUAUUAUUUGUCAGACUUGUUCAUGACUUUUGGCAAGGACCUGAUUCAUAUGAUGAUGCUAAAUUAUUAAUUAAUACAUAUGAAACAUGUAUAACAACCAAAAGUGUGCAGAUUAAACCGUUAUUUCCACCACGUUUAUUAACAAUUACAAUGCAUACACAACAGCAUAUACCUCAACAAUGUGUAGAUUCUGGUGCUUGUGAACACCGCGAAAGUUUUUUAUUUGAAAGUUUUUUGGGUAAUUUGAAAUCAAAUUUAAAAGGUCCAUUAGGUGCUAUUCAUCAAAUUGCAUUUGCAUAUGCAGCUGAUUUAUAUUUAAAUCAUAAUUCACGUUCUGGAAAUGACGAAAUAUUAUUGAAUGGAGGUUUCACUAUUGAUCGUCAAACUAAUACGUAUGGUGCUAAUAUGGUUGUAGAUAAAAAUGAAAUAGAAAUAUUAAAAAAAUUAUUAGAUAAAAAAUUAACUAUUAGUAAAGCAUCUAUUUCAUUUUUUACACGUUAUCAUCAAAAUAUAACUACAUAUCAUUCGUUUUUUUAUAAGAAAAGGAAAACAUCAUGCAGCUAUUUAGUUAGUUUAACAGAUAAUAACAUUGUAUGGGUCAUUUGCUUUUUACUAGUUAAUCAACAACCAUAUGCUAUAGUACAAUCAUUAAAACGUUGUGAAAAACAAACUAUGUCAGACUUUUUUGUAAAUUUUCCUUAUUAUGAUAUUUUAAAAAGAUAUUUAGACAAUAUUUUUACAUUAUGCUACAUUCAAUAUCCAGAUGUACAGAGAACUGAUUCAUUCUUACUUGUGCCAUGUUUAAAAAUACGUCAUCGGAUUGUGCUUGUAGAAUUCAGAAACUUGUUUUGUUGUACAGAAUUUCAAUUUGGUGCUUUUAGCGAAGAACUGUUUUUUAAAGAAGUGUUCUCUAAAGAAGUUGGUGUUUCUUCACAAGAACUUCAUUCGUUCUCCUCAAGAAAAUAUGAAUGUUCAACGAUAUUACCAAGUUCAAUUGCUUGUGGUUGUAUCAAAUCGGCUAGCAGAGGUUUAUAUUCAAACGCAGAUUUAAUUCACGACGAUUAUUGA